AUGAUUUUGGACAUAGUUGAAUCAGCAUUACCUAACCAUAGAACAUUUCAACCAUCUGGAUUAUUUGCAGCUCGGGUUGAUAUGCAAGGGUCUACCCCGGGGCUACAUGCUCUUUUUACUGGAGAGGAUGAUACAAGGGAGGCUUGGCUAUAUAUUAGCUAUCUGGAUUUGGUAGCAUGCAUACAUGAGAUUUUUCCCGAGGUUUCCUUAAAGUUUGCUGGUGGUGCUUCCAUGAUUCUUAAACCUGAGAACUACCUUGUACAUGUGGAUCCUGUUAUAACUGUUGCUGUUUCACAAUUAAUAACACAUGUCAUCUCAAAGGGGACUCAAUGUUAUUUAGUUACAUCAAGCAUAAAUGAGAUUUUUCCUGAGGUUUCCUUAAAGUUUGCUGGUGGUGCUUCUAUGAAUCUUAAACCAUAG